AUGGGCGAUGUUACAACCAGCGCCGGAGACGGCGAUAAUCGGCCGAAAACGCCAAAACUUCCGGUUCCAGGAAAACGAAACAUCCUUAUUACUAGUGCCUUGCCUUGCUACACGCCUGAGUGGGAGGCGUGGUGGAAGAAUCCUGAAAAUGUGGAGCUUUAUCAGUUUAUGGGCAAGGAUAAUGUUCCAUUUUACACUAUAAUGUUUCCUUCUACACUUAUUGGAACUGCAAAGAGUUGGACUAUGAUGAAGACAAUCAGUGUAUCAGACACGUUGUUUACAUGGGCAGAUUUGCAAAUGAAGCUAAAGAAAGAAUUGAAAAAUAAUUUAGGCAAUUUCAUCUACCGUGUCUUGAGCUUUAUUGCUCAUGAUCCAGAGUCAGUAAAAGGGAAGGGUUUAGGAUACAAUUCCUUAAUUCCUGAUGCUCCCGAUGCAGAGUCACACGCCUUGACAAAAGGAUUGGCAGACAAGAUUGGUAACUAUGCUGACCAAUAUGUGGAGGCCAUGGAGAAGGUCAUGUUGAUGACUGCCUGCCAAUUCUGGAAGCUAUACAAGGAAGAUCUCCUUUCUUGUUCCAUGGUCAUGAGAACUUCUGUUGGAGUAGUUUAUCUUCUUGCAUGCCUUUUAGAACCUUUUAUGCCAUCGUUUUCACUUCAGGUACUCAAGCAGCUUAACAUGUCCGUUGAUGAACUAUCCCUCUCGGAUGAUGAAGGGGGUGUUUUAAAGGGCAAAACUCUUUGGGAGAUCAUUCCCGUUGGUCACAGAAUUGGGACACCUAAUAAGGAUUUAUUCUCGGAAUUGAUGGAUGACGAAUUAGUUAAACUUAGGAAAAGUUUGUUGGAAGUCAAGCUGAUCGUGCUGGUCCGACUGUAA